GCCAAUUAAAUUGUUUGUUAUAUUCUGGUUCCCAGCUUCCACUGUAAACAAAUAGAAGCCUGGCAUUGGCGGAAUCAUGGUCGACGCGAUGAUAAUGAUGGAUCAUACUUGGUUCCAAGUAGUUGAGUGUAAGUCUGACCCAGAUCACACAUACAGUGCCUGUGCCCAAAAAACUCAAGUAUAAACGAGGAAGCAAGAGGGCAAUAUCAACUCCCACAAGAAAAACACCUAAGCAUGAACAUAAAAGGAUUAAACUGAAAAUAAAAUAAUCACCACUGCCUCGUUUGCCAACAUCGUCUUUACAAGGAAUGUCCAGCAGUACAUGACAGAGGCCGGUCACUCCCAUUAAGUCUAGCUGAAGAGCCUUCCCAAGGACAGAUCAUAGGACAAAGAAGAAAGAAUGAAAGCAUUGCACUAUUUGGGAACCAAGGCGGCUGUGUCAAUUUGUGUCAUAGCAGCGCUAAUGUCAUAUCACAAUGGAUUGAAUUAUCCAUGGGAGUUUAUUAUUUUGUACGUCGAAACAUUAAUUCUCAUGCUGAUGAUGAUCGUAAACAGCAGGAAAAAAAACAUGGGCACUGCGUUUAAUUUUUUCAUUUUAGUAGUCUUGCUUACUGCGUCUACCUUAGGCAUACAAAGUGAGUUUCAGCGACAUAAUCAUUUCUAUGAAUACAAUGUAUGGCCGUAUUUUCAAUACAACAAAAUCCUAAAUUGGUGUUUCCAAGAAUGCGCUAAUGUAUAUCUAUUUAUUGUCCGUUUACUUUCUGUGUUGAAUGUUCGACCAUGGCGCUUUUUGGUUUGUUGUGCAUAUCUGUUCCUACAUGCCAUUGUUUUCUUAUUUAUUUUUGAGGUGAUCGUAAUAAAUAUUCCGUCAUCCAUUUACUUUGCAAUUUCUGAAAACUUUUUUUACACGUUCGAUGUAAAUAAUUCAAAUAACUAUCCUGUUGGAUAUUUUUGCCCCGUAGAUUGUUACACACCUAGUAUAUGUCGCAUACCUUUUUAUCAGACAAAGGAUUAUAGUGGCGAUUGGACAGGUAAACCUUGUCUUGCACCAUAUUACGAACGAAGUUUAACGGAAGAUCAGCACGAGUUCCAAGAUCAGCAUACAUCUGUAAAACGAUAUGUGGGAGAAGAUGUACAUUUGAAUUGUACUUUCCAUAUAAAAACAUUUUACAAAAAAGAUAAAACAGUGUGGACUCUGAACGGUAAUCAUAUAUCUCCAUUAACAUAUAGGCAUAGCAUAGAAGAUGAAGAAGGUCACAGUAACGAAAAACAUCAAACGAUAAUUUCAAGACUUACUGUGCGUUUGCUUCGCAAGUCGGAUUUCGGUGUUUAUCAGUGCCAGCUGCCUAUAUCGUAUUAUGAGAACGACAAAACGUGUAAAUGGAGAUCAAAAACAUUGAUACAAAAGUUAGCUAUUCGAGUUAUUCUACUUCAAGAAAUACAGCCAAAAACAUUUUUAUUUCAUUGUGAAGUUGGCAAUUUGAUUGCAACACAUGCCUUGUUUUCGUACCAUACUGUUCAAGACUUAAACGAAAUAAGUGUCGAAUAUACUGUAAACGACAAAGCUAUUGAUCUUCUUUGUGCUGGAUACUCUACGUUCACGUGCUCGAUUGGAGCAAGACUUCUGAAGAUGUUAAUUUAUUUUGGAACAAGCAAUAUCGAGUGGGAUGGUGAAGAAAACUUUCCUUACAUUGACAUUGCAGGAAAUGACAGAUUUCCAGAAUCGAAAAGAGCAAUUUUCUACUACUGCCUUUGCCCUCAUGCCUUUGGAAUACAUCGUAUAAAUUUUAUGCGAUACGUGGAUAUUCCAGGGAAAAGUAAAGGGUUUUACGAGAACGUUCAACAUCCAUAUGCCUUAGUUGUUCUUCCACAAUCGAAAUUAUCGCUUUUUCGUUACCUUGAUGACUCUGCAGUGUACGCAGAAUUAGAAAACCUUGUGCUGACUGAACAACCAAUAGAACUAAUUGGAAUGAAAGUUGAUAGUCUUAUAGGGCUUCUUGGUUCGAAUGAAGAGAAGGUUCUUUUGAUGGCGAAUGUUGUCCAAAACGUUAUGUUUGCCUUCAUUUAUGUGAUUUUAUUGGUCAUUAUUUCAGUGUUAUCGAAAUGGUAUUCUGUCUGUCUUAUACGUAUACCGGCAAGACGACUGUUACGGUCUUUACCAAAUAUUGAACAAAUGCUAUUGUUGGAAGGACCCGCGAUUGAUGUGUUCAUCUCACAUUCUGAUGAAGACCGUAGUUUUGUUAUUGGUACGAUUGUACCUUUUCUUACUGAACAUGAUCGUGUAAAUGUGUGUUUCUCAGGCAGCGAGGAGUUUACACCUAAUCAACCGCUUAUAAGACAAUUAUAUGAAAAAAUUACAAAGAGUAGUAAAUUACUCGUAGUAUUAUCGACAAGCUACCAUGAAGAUAUUCUCUGUGAGCAAUUACAGUUGGAACAUAUAAUAUUACCAUUAUUAUAUGAAGAACAUCGCCAAAAAACAGAUAUUCUGUUCAUUUUGUAUGACGACGGUGCACGUUUUCCGGAAAUUUUAAGAUGGAAUUUUGACGCACAUCGAUUAAGUUGGAAUAACCACUUACCGGAACGUGUGUUGCUAGGAUCAAUUCGAAGAUGGAUAACAACCGGCAAUAUGUAGAAUUCUUAUUGAACAUUUUCUUUUUUAAAUGUGUGCAAUUGUUGUUUGUAAUUUACUGAAUAAUUAUUUCUUUUAGUGCAUGUAAUGUUCAUUGGAUAUGGUAAACAGGUAGUUACUAUACACUAUUAUAGUUGUCCAUACUGUAUUUGAGUGAAGAGUAUGAUAAACUUAUCAUGAAAAUGUAUUGCAUUAUUCAUGUUUAAAACUUUCUUGCUGUAUGUCUGCUAAAUGUACA